GACAUCCGCCGAGCCGCAGGAGCCAUCAGCGGUGUGCCUGGCCCCUGAUUGGGGGCCACUCUGGCCAUGAACCCCAGCGCGGCCGCCGAGGGAUUGCCCGCUGUACAGUUUUCAGGCACUGCUACAGUCCUGGUGGAAAUCACGGCGGACAUCCACAUCUGCGGCCUCUGCAAAACUCAGUUCAAUAAUUUGGAUGCUUUUGUGGCCCACAAGCAGAGUGGCUGCCAGCUCACCAAUGCUGCCACCGGAGCUACAACUACUGUCCAGUUUGUGUCUGGAGAAUCGGUGACACCAUCGCAGCCUGUUGCUCGCACCAUCACUUCUGAGACUCAGACCAUCACAGUCUCUGCUCCGGAAUUCGUCUUUGAACACGGAUAUCAAACCUUUCUGCCUAGUGACAGCUCAGUGGCACCGCCUAUCGGUGGGGUCACUAUCACUACCAAAAGUCGAUCCAAAAAAAUAUCUGCGGCCUCUCCCCAGAAGAAGCAGAGCUGCACCUAUCCAGGAUGUCAGUUCAAGACUGCUUAUGGCAUGAAAGACAUGGAACGCCACAUGAGGACCCACACAGGUGAUAAGCCACACAGGUGCGACACAUGCGGAAAAUGUUUCAGCCGGAAGGACAAGUUAAAGACGCACAUCCGCUCGCACACGGGAGAAAAGCCGUACAAGUGUAAAGAAUGUGACUACAGCGCGGCGGACAGCAGCAGCCUCUGCAAACACAUGCGCAUUCACACAGAUGAGCGCCCCUUCAAAUGCCAGAUCUGCCCAUAUGCCAGUCGGAACUCCAGUCAGCUGACCGUUCAUCUACGUUCACAUACAGGUGAUGCCCCCUUCCAGUGCAUGCUGUGCAGCUCCAAGUUCAAAAUCAACUCUGACUUGAGAAGACACAUGCGCGUUCAUACAGGGGAGAAGCCCUACCGCUGCGAGUUCUGCGACUUCUUCUGUGCCAUGAAGGGGAAUUUAAAGUCCCACAUAAGAAUGAAACACAAUGCAGAAUGCACGUUCAAAUGCACGCAGUGCAACUUUCAGUGCAGCAGCAAGGGAGACCUGCGUCAACACUUGCGCACCCAUCUGCCGGAGUUACCGGUGAAGUGUUUAGAGUGCAACUACUCCUGCGCCAACAGGGCGGCGCUCAAAGUCCACGAGCGGAUUCACUCCCAGGACCGACCAUUCAAAUGCCACCUCUGCCAAUUUGACACUAAACAGCGCAGCAACCUGACCACGCAUAUUAAGAAAGUUCAUGGCGAUGAUGUGAACUGCAAGUUCGACGCUCAGAAAACGGAAGGGAACUUUCCGAGGCAGUAUGGCUCCCGGAAAAGUAACAAAGUGGAAGCAAAGAAGACUUUCAGGUGUGACCUCUGUGAGGCCUCAUUUGUUAGGGAGGACUCCUUACGGAGUCAUAAGAGACAGCACAACGAGAUCAUGCUUCAAAAAUCUCAAGAAUUAUCCAUGUUACAGCUUUCCGUCGAUCAGUCUCGGCAAAGUGAUGUUGACAAAUCUGACAAAGACGACGCUGUCACAGCAUUUAUUGUAGGAAAGAUGAAAGUAGGUGAUGAGGAAGAACUUUCUGGGGCUUCCUUGACGAAUGCAGACUCCUCUAGUGAAGAAAGAAAUGGACCAGAGGCAAUAGCCACCGACCAGCUCCAUAUGUUAAGUCAUGUCAAUUUAAUGGCCUCACCUCAGUCUCUAGGGUCACAGGUCAUUGUAUGUGAGACAGUUGUCCCAGGUUCUCCAGGACAAGAUAGUGAGGACUCCAUACAGGAGGUGCUUAUAGAAAAUGGUGAAGAAAGUGACCCAGAAUCCUCAGAGAACCCAACCUUUAUCUCGGAGUCUGGAAUGAGCUGUUCUGACCUUGAUGGCCUCAAUGCCUUAAUCCAAGAGGAGACGACCGUGGUAAUUGUGGACAGUGAGGGUGGAGACAACCCUGGUGUGUCUUCCCCUAUUUAUGGCACAUCACCCAAAGCUGAUUCCCCAAAACAAACUUACACUAUUGAAGAAGGCGAUGCCAGCUCUGAGCUGCUGUGCCCAGCAGACUCCAUACCAGACUGACCUGUGCUAUGCUCCUGAUCUUUGCCACUUUUUAUUUUCUAUUUGCAACAGUGUUGUUCAGGAAACUGGUCUUUAUAUGUGAAACCUGUCCAAAAAAUCCUGUGAAAGAGACAUUGAGAGGAAGGUACAGUACUCGUAUG